AUGGACCCCCUUUCUAUCAUUUCAGCGGUAGAACUCUGCUUUAAAUAUGGCACAUACCUGGUUCAGAUAUGCAAUGACUUUGCAAACGCCAAAGAUGAUUAUGCAGAGAAAUUCCUUCGUGUGGAGACCUACUGGAUGAGAACGGAGCUCCAGCUGAAGGUGGUGCAGAUCAUUGCUCCCGAGCUCAGUGAGAAGCACCGGAGGAUUCAACAUCAGACGAUUGCAAUGUUAGCCACCAAGUUGGAGAUCGCUGUCAACAAUCUUCAGUCCAUCGUCAAGCGUCAUCCUGUAGGGAAGCAAGAACUGGGUGUACGUCGGUGGAAGUAUGUACUCACGAAGGAAAAGAUCGACAGCACCAUCGAGGAUCUCAAAGAAUGGCAAUCACUAUUCGAUCCAUCGUGGUAUUUGAUCAUGAAGCUCGCAGACAAGAAAGUCGAUUCAGGCCUGAGCACGAAUAAGAAGACCUCUGCCAUAGCUUUUAAAGACCCGAUAGCUCCUGCGCAGUCCCUCAGAAGAGUCCUGAAUCCGACAAACGCGAACGCUCCACCUGUUCGCCUCUCAGAAGAAUUUCUGAUUUCCAUUAACCCACAAAAAAUACCAUUUUGCUCAGCGGAGGCAGGCCGGAGACCAGAAAAUGGCCAAUCGCUUAUUGUGGAACGAGUCACACCUUUCUCAGGGGCCAAUGUCGGGGACAUCAGCAAAGAUAUACGAGAUCUCGCCAGACGGCUGUCUGGGUCUGACGCCAUGGAAUUCGGUCUUCUUAGCUGCAAAGGAUAUAUCCAACACCGCAAGCCGGGGUCUGCUCGAUCCACACCAAAUGCAUUCACCAUUAUCUUCCGGAUGCCCACACAGCAUGUUCAACCUCGCUCUCUCCGAGGUUGCUUUCACGAUAUGCACCAUAGCCACUCACUCUCCGACCGAUUCAAGUUAGCGAACGAGCUUGCAAAAGCAGUGCAUUCUGUUCACUUGUUUGGUUUUGUUCACAAAAAUAUACGACCAGAGACAAUCCUACUCUUCGGAAGUGAUGAAUCCUCGAUUGGAUCUGCCUUCCUGAUUGGAUUUGACAGCUUCCGCAUGGCCUCUGGUAAAACUUUACGCAAAGGCGAAGCGUCGUGGGAGCGAUGCCUUUACCAACACCCCGACCGCAUAGGAAUGGUUUCAUCCAAAGAUUAUAUCAUGCAGCACGAUAUCUACAGUCUUGGUGUAUGCUUGCUGGAGCUGGGAUUGUGGGAGUCUUUCGUAUUAUACGAUGAUUUGACUCCUGAAAGCAAUGGAAAUGCUCCAACGCCUACUCGCGCCUCUAUUCUAGGAAUGGAUCGAGGGGUGUAUUUCCAAAAGCAUCUUCUCUUCUUGGCGCAGGGUGAACUACGGAAGCGAAUGGGGACGAAAUAUUCCGAAGUUGUUGUCACUUGUUUGACAUGUUUGGACCCUAAAAAUGUUGACUUCGGAGAGGAAGCCGAUUUUGAAGAUGAUGAUGGCAUUGAAGUGGGUGUGAGGUAUAUUGAAAAG